GUGUUCAUUUUUUUCUUGCAGAGUUCUGAUGACCUCUUGGUUGCCUCUGCUGAGUGCCCCAGUGAAGAUGAUGAGGACAUCGAUCCGUGUGAGCAGAGCUCAGUAAACCCAACAAGAGCAGGUGGGAGAGAUAUUCCAGGCUCAGCGGAGGUCAUCAGGGAAUCUAGCAGCACAACCGGCAUGGUCGUUGGCAUUGUAGCUGCUGCCGCCCUGUGCAUCCUCAUCCUCCUUUAUGCCAUGUAUAAGUACCGAAACAGGGAUGAAGGCUCAUAUCAUGUUGAUGAGAGUCGAAACUACAUCAGUAACUCAGCACAGUCUAAUGGGGCUGUGAUUAAAGAAAAACAACCCAGCAGCGCUAAAAGUUCAAACAAAAAUAAGAAAAACAAGGACAAAGAAUAUUACGUCUGAUCCCAGCCGCUUAACGAACACGUGUAUAGAAAUAGUCUUCAUUUUAUCUGAGACAUAAAAUUAACAAACUUAUUUACUUUACUUUUUAUGAAGCACAUUGAAAAUAUAAAAAAAAAAUCAAGAAGACAGGGAAUGCGAUCAGAAAAGAAAGACUGUUUUUAAAAAAAAUGGAAAACAAAUGGAUAAAAAUAUAUAUAAAACAAGCACAUCAUGGUUUUGUUUCGCAGAAACAGGAGCCACUUAAGAUAUCCAAUUAUCUACAAUGUUUUCAUAUAUUCUGCCCGUCCAUUUAUGCGAUUGGAAUGUUUUGGAAAGACGAUGAUAAGACAAAGCAUUCUUCAAGCACAGAAAGAAAAUCCAACUUUGAGGCACAAUUCAAAUCUAAAAAAAAAAUUCCAAUGUUCAGGCACAAUUAAAAUAAACAAAAUCAAAGAAGCUACCUAUGAUUCUGGAUGCAGCCAAAGUGCUUGUGCCCAAUUCAACAUGGAAGUUUGUACGCCAGCAAAAACUUGUCUGAACUUGCAAACAGCGGCUUGAAGCAAUGGGGCAGCUGUGCAAUCAUGGAGACAUGUCUGGCUUUUCUGAAAACAAAAGCUGGCUUUUCUGAAAACUUUAAAAAAAACUUUCACAAAGACCCCUUUCUGGUUGUGAAGAGUAUGUUACGGAGGCCUUAUUUUCACAAAUACAGAACAUAAGGCCCUUUUUCAAAAUUAAAACAAGAGGGAUAGAUGCAAUCAUUGAAAAUGUUCAUGCACGCUUAAUAUGUUACUACAUAUGUUUAUAUAAAACACAUCUAUAUGUGCUUUCUGGACUGUGAUAAGUGAUGUUUUAUAGCCUGUUGUAUAGCAAUGCAAAAUAUAUCUGCUCUUCAGCCAUUUUUGGUAAACUCAAUGUUCUAAGUGUUCCUAGGUAUAGACAGUUUUCCAAUGUCUGACCCAACAGACAUAUUUCAGUUUCUUGCUGCCAUUACCCAAUUUUUAUCUUUUAUUUUUAAAUUCUUGUGAGUAUGCCGCUGGGGGAUGUGUAUGAAUGUAAAAAAAAUGUUAAUAUUAUACAGCACAAUAGCCAACAUUCCACUGCAGCCAAGUUCCAGUAUGGCGAGCCACAAGGUGUGAAAGUAUAUAACAUUGUCCAAACCAUUAAAAAAAAUCCAAGUUACUGCAACAGGCAUUCUGUAAUUCUUUAUGCUAGAUAAUUAACUGUAAGGACCUUUUAGUUUUUAACUAUGACAUGACAUGCCUUUUAUGUGUUUAAACAAAUAUUAUUUUAAAAAAUGGACCUUGAUCUUAU